UAGCUUAAUUGCCUCUGUGAUAUGAAUGUCAUUCUCAGUCUGAUACAAAAAGAUCUUUCUUUUCUUCGUUCCCCUUGAAAUAGUUUCGCGUUGUCCCGACUUCCGAAGCAGCGUAGAUUAGAUAAAAAAGUCAACGUACUUGUUGUAGAUAUCUAAAAAAAUAUACAUACGUUUGUUUUUAAUUCAGAUUCGGUUCAAAGUUGUAGAUCGUGUGAAAGAAAACGAGAUAAAUCUGGUCAUAGUACGGUUCCGUGUAUGACUAAUAAAUCGGAAGGAAGCUCAUCUUGGAUAUGAACCGUGCGAAAAGUUAUUAGUGGUGUGAAAGUAUUUGGCGUGUUAGUUUUAUGUGAUGUCUGACGGAGAUCCAUCUCUCGAAGAGGAUGUGCCAAAACCUCUGCUUGUGAGGGUAGAGGAAAAUGUGUUUACGCCUAAAGUAGUGACUCCUAUUUACGCGGGAGGUGUGAAGCUGCACCACAAGAGAUCUGACGCCGGGGAGACUGAAUCCUUCCUGUCUGACGCGCAAAGGAAUGAGCUUGCUUUCCAACAACUGUUCCAAGAUGGAGAAGGACCAUUUCACGAGACGGAGAGGGAGGCUCAGGAGAACGGGGAGCUCCAGGCGAUGUCAGUCCUCAGCACAUACGCGGACAAUCUAUCACAGGACAUGAACACAGACCGGGACAAUGGUAGCGAGGCGUCGACCCGUCCUGCCGAAGACUGUGCGUGUGGCGACCCUGGCACAAACUUUGGUCCAAACGGCAAUGGCAAAUCUCCGGCCAACCAUUGCUCCAUUGUUAUGGGAGGUAUCCUGAACAACCCUUCUCUGACAUUCAACGACGGGGUGAGGUCAAUAGACUAUGUCCUUGUAUGGGAGGCGUUUAAGGAGGACGCGGCUACCCCCGAAGCGCAUCGGCAGAGGAAGAUAUUUGAGGAGAAUCUCGAGCAAGAAGGUCUGCAACUCGAAAGAGAGGCGCCUGAGAACUUGUAUGGACUGAAUUUUGUUAAGAUCCACGCGCCAGUGUCAGUUUUACGAGACUACAGCGAGAUCCUCAAGCUUAGGAUGCCGAUGAAGGAAUGCAGUAAGAUAAGAAACUCUGGUCGGGCGAAUGCGAUACUGAAUGCAGCAAUGUAUAUGUCUAAGUUCUCAGCUCUCAAGGACGUGCAUGAGAAGACGAACAGUCUGAUAGAGCAGGUGGACGCCUGCUGGGACCGCUUCAUGUCCAAGAUACGAGUGGAUACCGACAUGUUCCCUGAGAGGAAACACCGACUCACUGCCAUUUACUCGAAGGACAAGGAAUAUUUAUUCGACACGACAGCUGAAUGUUUCUGGACGCCUUCCAUUCGUUCGCGCAUCGUUCAGUUCAUUCUCGACAGGAAGAAGUUCACUCAGGCGUCGAACGACGACUUCGCGUUCGGCAUCACAAGACUGAUAUCUAAUUGUACUUAUAGCGCUGCCUAUCCUUUACACGAUGGUGAUCUCAAAACUCCCGGCUCUAUGAGGCAUUUGUUGUACACUGAGUGGGCGGCCGUCUCCAAAUGCAUCAAGUACCAACCCCUUGAUUAUGUCAAGGAUUAUUUUGGUGUCAAAAUAGGUUUAUACUUCGCAUGGCUGGGCUUUUAUACACACAUGCUGAUCCCGGCGUCCAUAGUAGGACUAAUUUGCGUCAUAUACUCAGCUGCUACCGUUUACAGUAAUGUUCCUAGCGAAGACGUAUGUAACUACGAAUCGACGGUGAAAAUGUGUCCGCAAUGCGACUAUUUUUGUGACUUCUGGGAUUUGAAGGCGACGUGCUUGCAGUCUCGAAUAACGUAUCUCUUUGACAACCCUACUACUGUGUUCUUCGCUAUUUUUAUGAGUUUUUGGGCGGCCUGUUUCCUGGAGCUUUGGAAGCGGUAUUCAGCAGAGAUGACGCAUCGCUGGGACCUGACGGGCUUCGACGUGUAUGAAGAGCAUCCGCGACCGCAGUACUUAGCGCGGCUCGCGCAUGUUAAACGGACACAGCUAAACGUAGUCACAGGAGAACGCGAACCAAUGGUACCAUUCUGGCGGAUGCGACUACCAGCCACAUUAAUGUCAUUCAGCAUAGUGGCACUAUUAGUUCUAAUGGCACUAGCAACAGUACUCGGAGUGGUACUGUACAGGAUGUCCCUGCUGGGUGCCAGUAUACUUCGCAAUGGAAACGCUCUCACUACGUAUAACCCGAUCAUGUUUACUACUGCGACGGCGGCCUGUAUUAACUUGUGUUUUAUAUGCCUUUUUAAUUAUGUAUACCAAUACUUAGCAGAAUGGCUAACUGAAAAGGAACUUCUACGCACACAGACAGAAUUUGACGACUCGCUAACACUCAAGAUAUACCUACUGCAGUUCGUGAAUUAUUACGCGUCUAUAUUUUAUAUAGCGUUCUUUAAAGGCAAGCUGAUUGGUCGGCCCGGGGAUUAUGUUAGACUGUUUGGACAUAGGCAGGAAGAGUGUGCUCCAGGCGGGUGUCUUCUAGAACUUUCCAUCCAGCUCGCCAUCAUAAUGGUGGGCAAGCAGUUCAUCAACACUAUAGUGGAGAUGAUGAUGCCGUACCUGCUCAAGUGGUGGUACAUCAUACGGACUAUUGGCAGGAAGAGGCAAAUCAAAAGUCCCUUGCAAUGGGUAAAAGAUUUCAAACUAGUCGACUUCGGAAACAUGGGCUUGUUUCCUGAAUAUUUAGAAAUGGUUCUGCAAUACGGUUUCGUAACAAUAUUCGUGGCGGCGUUUCCCCUGGCGCCACUGUUCGCUCUCAUCAACAACGUGCUGGAGAUGCGGCUGGACGCCAAGAAGUUCCUCACGUGUUACCGUCGGCCUGUGCCACAGAGAGUCAAUGAUAUUGGAGUAUGGUAUAGGAUCCUGGAUUCUAUUGGGAAGCUUAGUGUUAUUACUAAUGGAUUCAUAAUAGCGUUUACCUCAGACUUCAUACCGCGUCUAGUGUACCAAUUCUCGAACAACGGUUCAAUGCAACAGUACGUGAAUCAUACGCUAGCCGACUUUAACGUCACCGUGCUCGAACAUCCGCCUAUCAAUACUACUUAUAGAGAGACUACGUGCAGUUUCCCUGGCUACUGGUAUUACAAGGAAGGUGACAGUUAUGAACACAGUAACUGGUAUUGGCACAUCAUGGGCGCUAGACUGGCCUUUGUCGUUGUUUUUGAGAACGUGGUGGCACUAGUAAUGAUAAUAGUCCGCUGGGCGAUCCCGGAUAUGUCCGGGGAGCUGCGGGACCGCAUCCGGCGCGAGGCGUACGUCAUCAACUCGUUCAUCCUGGAGGAGACGCGCGCGCGCUCGGAGCGGUCCGCGCGGUCGGAGCGCUCCGCGCGGGACGCAGGUGCCACUUCCACGCCGUUUACCUGCGCGGAGACACGACAGAAUCCAACUGGAACCACAUAGCAUCCCUGUCAGGGUCUGACUUCGAUCUCGCUGCCCACGGCGACCAUCAGAACAUAGCGGACAUCGGCAAACACGUUGUGGGGGAAGUCAGCGAUACACCGCCGCCGGCGCAUGUAUAGUGCCUUAACGUACCUGAUCUUUGCAAGGCAUGAAACGAAGUGUGUUCGGUGAGUUUUUAGAAGAUCUUUCUGGAAUUAAGUAUCAAGAAUGAUGGGGGUAUCAAGUACAUAGAUUUUUUUGUCAUUAUUUGUUUUUUUCUGGUUUGUGAAGGAAGGCAUUUUAUCGAUUUGUUGUUUAGUAUGAUCCUUCUGAAAGGGGGUGGGGGUUCAAGUAUCAAGAUUUAUUAAAUUUUGAUUUUUUGGUGGAGUUGUAGAAGAAAGUUGUUUAUUGGAUCUGUGCCUUGGAUUUUUGUAUAGUUAAUAGCUGGAAUAAAUUGAAUGCUUAUAAUGACAAUAAUGGAUACAUUCUUCAUCCUCUUUCGAGUUAAUCUGUUAAAUGUUUUCAUACUGUCCAGAAAUUGAAUUCUUUAAGAAGAGUAUAACAAUAUAAGAACAAAUUCUAAUUGUACUGUGUCAAUGGAUUGUAUUCUGCUUUACAAAAAUGAUAUAUAUUUUUAUGUAAGGCCUGCUGAGUAAGUUUAUUGUUUUUGUUGCGAUUGAAAAUUGAUGGACUAUGUAAGUUUAUAAGAAUAGAAAAAUGGGAUAUGAAGAGUCCAGUCAGCCUUAGAAACCUACAUUUAAAGUAUGAAAACUAAGCUGAUAAACUCGUGUAUUUACAAAUUCGUUAACGUGAUUAAUUUGUUAUUUCGCCAGACGUGAAAUUGGUUAUCAGUGUUUAAAAAACGGAUUCUUUGAAUUGUGAUAGAGGAAAUAAAAAGUUGUUGGUUUUUCACCAAGCGAUUUAAAACAUCGAAGUCCUUCGACUUUUAAUUAUUGUUCCUUUUUGGAAUUGAAUUUAUAUUUUGCGCACUCCAUUCGUGUUUAAAUCAGCGUGAUUAAUUAAUUGAGAUUAAAAUGAUCAAAAAAUCUAUUCAUAUACAUAAUGAUAAUUUAAAAUCAUUUUGCGUUACUGUUUUUAUGAAUCUAUUGAAUAUUUAAAAAAGAAGUUAUGACAAAAAUGUUAACUAAAAUUAUGUAGCUUUGUUACCUCACUAUCCGUCAAAAAAGUAUUCUUCAAUCCUAUAAAUGUACUUAAGCGAAAACAGGUUUUGUUCACAUAUCAAAUGUCCAUUACAUAUAAAACAGAGAGAGACAAUGUUUGAUAGGUUGUACGGAUUGAGAAAGUAUGGUGAGAGAAAAAUGAGUAAAAUGAAUGUAUUUAGAAAAAGUUUUGAGGCUGAAGCAUUUUGUAUAUGGCUAUGGUGUAUGUUUCGUAUGUUUCGUAUGUGCUAAAAUGAUUGGUACAGGCUUUCAUUUGCUAAUGUACGAGCAGGUACAGGCUUUCUUUGUGCUGAAUGUAUGUUUAGUAAGUACUAAAAUUAAAAUAUACAAACUAUACAUUCGCUCAUUUACUCAGAUCCAGCCUUUAAGGAUACUGAAACGGUUCAGUUGUAUUAAUCAAACUCAAUAAUUCUUGAGGUUAUUUAUUCACAAAAUAUUUACAUUAAUUGAAAAUAAAAUAAACUUAUAUAUAUAUACAACUUAAAACUAAUAUAGGGCAUCAAAAAAUUGCUCCUCAUCGCUGUCACUGGGUAAUGUACCCAAAAGACUGGCAGCAUUGCCACGUUGGAUGGCAAUGCUCAACCUCUGUGCGAAAUAAAAGCCAGCCUUUGGGUCCCGGGAAGUGUCAACCAGGCGCUGGGAGAUAUCCCUGGCAAGAAGGUGGGCGCUCGGACCCCACGGCCCUAGAGUUUCAACCCCAAACGGCUCAAACAUGUAAUUGCCUAUAAGGUUACUAUAUUUGCGCCGCUUGAGGUUCUCUGCUUGUGCAGCGGCGGAGCCAGCACGACAUGCAGUUCCGGGAAGGUGAGAUGGCGCAAGAGUGUCGACGCAUGUCGCGUCCCACACUAAAGUCCUACCCACCUUCCACGGAAAUAGCGACAUGCCGUCUGGUCUCUUGCCAUCGUCGCGUGCCAAGCCAUUUGGUUCGAGUACGGCUGGCACGCCGACGGCAACAAGAGCGCGACGGAUCACGUCGUUUAUGUUGGCAUGUCGUGGUAUGCGGCCGGCACUCCGGCUGCACGACAGGCCGUGGUGACCGAGGCUGUUGACAGCUUCCCCGCAGUGGCAGCGAUGAGGAGAGCAGCAUGGAGCACCUAGUCGGAGGCAAACGGCGAGUCUGAAGGUGGUGUCAUCAAACAUGGUGCCUGUGUUUGAAGACGGAAGUGCAAGAAGCCAUAGACCCGACUCCCAUUCACCCACAGCCAGUAGGCGCUCGCUCUGCAGAAGUCAUUGACGUAUCGAUUAAACUUUUCCGUAUUACUCUGCAGAGCGGCUCAUCCCACUGUCUCUGAGAGGACAGGUUGGCGGGUAAGUCGGUGUUCGGGCAUGCGACUUUCCAAGCGUUUAAAGCCUCAGUCAGGCUUGGCACCUCAAAAUUGACCAGUGUGGUGGGUAAUAUUUUCCUGAUCAAUUUCUCAGUGCCAUGGACCGAGGAAAUAAAGGCUGGUAAACUUACACUGGAAAUUUUACGGACGCCAAGUCCUCCCAUACGGAUGGGAAGAGUCGCUUGAGACCAAGCUCUGUCGUCCAAGGCCACAUUUAAAAUGGAUGAUAGUGUAUGUCUUAUAAUUUCGUCGAUUUUGUCCAAAAGGUUGGUGUGCUUCCAUAAAUGGGAAGCACGCAAGUUAUAUGUAAGUUUUGGUCCAAAACAGCAGUACCGUAUGAUGGUGAUGGCUGCAUGCAUAUUAAUUUUGAGUAGCCUUUCCGAAACAUCAUUAAAAUUUUGAAUUUUCUUCUCAAUAAAAUCCGAAAAUGAAUCUUCCAGUAUAGGCGAUCCAAGGAGGCAAAGAGAACUUUGGUCUAUCGGUUUAAUUUCAGGAGCUAUUGCGAGGAAAUUUUGAAGAAUAGUCUGUCUCUCUAUAUAUAUUUAAUACUCAAUAAUUAUAUAUUAUUUAUUUAUACAUGCGUAAGGAACAGAAUUAGUGCUUCAAAAGCUACAAUGCUAAAUAUUUCUGCACAAUCAGAAUAACUGAAUUUAUAUACAUAUUAAAAAGCAUUAUUAAAUAUUUAUUUAAUACGUUAUCUUGUAUAUUUCAAGACUAAACUGAAUCUCAUUUUAUUACAGAGAUAUAACUAUAUAUCAUAUUAUGAUAACUUAUAGCUUAUAUACCUCUUUUAACCGACUGCGUCCAGAAGGUUAUGUUUUUAAUAUUAUGUAUUUAAAAUACUAACUUAUUAAAUUUUGCUUUGUAUAAUAUUUUUUAUGGCUAAAGAUCUUUUUAUACAUAUGUAAGCGAUCCAACUAGUCUUGAUACUAGGGGAAAGGAAAGUAGAAGGAUUGGUUAGCAGUCAAACUGAGCAGCUAUAUACAGAGUAUAAUAAUAAUAUUAACAAAGUUAUAGCACAUUAUUAUUUAACUUUAAAAACAAAUUAUUAUUUAAACAUAAAUACUUUAAGAACUUUGAUUUCUGCUCUUUACUAUUGUUGCUUUUAAGUAUAUAAAAUAUUAACCAAAGUUCAAAAAUGUAGGGGCUUUUAGGCUUAUACGAACAGUCGUAUAGACCCGUGUUUUUUAAUACACGGCAAUUGUCUAAUUGAAGUCUGCUAGCCAAAUAUUUAUUUGUAACUAAUAUAUGUAGCUUUUUCAGUUUUUUUUUAAUAUAUACUUUUUAUAUAUGUCAGUGUCGUCUUAAGCUGUAAGUGUUACAACUCGCCUGAUGAUCGUGUUCAGUAGAAAAAGCGUAGAAAUUUCUAGAAUGUGUAAGCGUAUGGUUGGCAAAAUGUCUCGUGAAAUCUUUUUGAAGCGUAUUUUAGUAUUGUAUUUACCCUCUUAUCUGUUGUACAGUCAACUUCAGGUCAGUGGUAACAGCUCGUUCUGUCAAAUUUCUUCAAUAGAUUUUCAACCUUGUCACAAUAGUGGAAGGUUAAUGUUCGAUUGAUAAAAUUUGACAGAUCCGGGUAGGUUGACCUGCAGGCGUCUGUACCAAAGUUGUCUUAAUAUAGGGGGUAUUUUAAAUAAUAAUAAAUAUUACCAAAAAAAUAUGUAAAAUCUUCGUCCUUUAUUAAUAAAAUACAAAUUAUUCUAAUCAAAUAUAACAACAUAUUUUCAGAUAACAGUUGUAACAGAAAAAUAUUUAUUUAUUUCUGAAAUAUACAGAUUUAAUAUAAAGGCGUGAUUGAUUGAAAUUAAUUUUCUUUUAAAAAUAUUUACAGAAUUUGUACUCAAUAAAAAUAUAACUAUGAUAAAAUGUUCUAUUCCUAAAAUAAAAAUAUAUAUAUAUUUCUAAAGUUUCUUUUAAUGGACUAAUUUCUAUCAUUUUAUGAUUGUAAUCGUUACAUAAACAGUAAGGGAAUUUUAUAAUGACAAAAAAACAAUUCAAAAUCUUUUUACUAUAUAUUCUUUUUCAUUAUUUUCAGAAGAAAGAUUAGUCUUUGAAAUACCUUGUUCUAUGAAAUUCCCUUACAUAUUCGUCAUAAUUUUACGUAAUUUCAUCGGUGCUUCGGAGUCCUAAUUUUCAUGUAAAUGUGUUAUUAUUUAAGGAAGUUUAAGGCUGACUUGCACCAGUAGAAGUAAAACAAUCUGACUUUGUUAUUUAUCGAAUAAUAAUCAGAAUUACGUCAUGAAUACAGCAAGUUACGCAAAAAUAUAAAUGUAUAAGUGCUCAGUUGUGUAACCUAAUCUAUUCCUUAAAACCCACUGCACAUAGUACAGUUUUGCUCAUACAAAAUCAGAAUUACUGUGUUGUAUAUCCUUAUCUUGCAUAGUUACAGUUACAGCUCGUCAAAGCUGAAAUUAUAAGCAAAACUGAACUUUAUGCAGUGGGUGUUAAGGAAGAUAUUAGACUACCUAUUGUUAUUUCAAGAUCUUUAUUGAAUUAAGUGCAAGUCAGCCCGAGUCCUCGAUACGGCUGUUUAUUUUAUACCUAGUCAUAAGCGUUUUGGAAUAUGGAACGUAAAUAUGUAGGUGGACACGAAAAUUAUUUUUUUUGCUUAGAUUUUUUUAUGGUCAAAUUAAUUGUAUUCUCUACAUCAAAGAAGUUAAGAUUCAUUUUCGUUUGAUAACCGUAACUAUAGAAUUGUCUAUCCAAGAUAUCAAUCAAAUAUGAACCUUGAUAAUGUUUUAAUAAAGAUCAAAAUUAUUUGUGCUUACAAUAAUACUUUGCUUUGUCUUUUUAAUAAAUUGAUAACGUUAAUCAAUAAAUAAAUAGUCACAGAUAAAUAUCAUUAAGUUUUCUAAUCUUUUUAAUUGUGAUUUGAUUUAAAUAGUUAAAAAUGCAUUUAUUAAUGACGUUUUUUAAACGCCAAAUUGCUGCUUUGAAUUGAGAAUUCUACUAUUGUGUUUUGAAAAAAAAAAUGGGAGGUAGGUCUUAUUGCAGAUAAUAUACAUGCUAUUUUAAAGGAGUCUGAAUCAUAUUAAUUUUAUGUAAAACAACUUGCCCAGAACAAUAAUAUUAAUCGUUAAGUGAAAACGCACAAUAUUCAUGAGGUGUUGUAGUGAAAGGAUUUCAAUCUUAUUUUAAUGUCGUUAAAGUUCAAUAUUCUAUACAUAUGUUCGUUCCUCGUUGUAAAAUGGCCGUCUAUGAAGUAGUACACGUUAUAAGCAAAAAGUAUAUUUACAGACGCUAGCACAGCAACCUGCUCCAAUCUAAAAAAAUAAUAUUGAACCUUAUUAUCUAGAGAUAAAGAUGAAAAUCUAUUAAAGAAAUUUUACAGAUCGUGGCAGCUUGCUUUUCUAGCGUCUGUUCAUUAUACAUUGACGUUUUUAUUCCAAUUACAAAUGAUAUUCAACGAUAUGUUGUUAACAUACCCAGCAAUGUAUGACCGUUUCUUGUUUCAUUGUAUCAAUGUGUCACAAGUAGUUACCGUAGUGUUAGUGCAAAACAGAUUAUUAAAUGCGCAAUAACAUGACUUCCUAUAUUAUUAUGCAUAGGUACGUAUAUGAUAUAGAAAUUUUAAAAAAUAUAUUUGGCGGAUUACUGAUACUCGAUUUAAUUUUAGACCUCUCAAACAUAAUUCUAUGUCAAUUUCUGUGUCAGACUUUUUAAGCGAAACUUUCAAGUAAGGAUUGACUUAAUUGAAGUAAACUUAUGUAUCUUUCUUGGGUUUCUCAAGCAUUCGGUUCAUAUAACCAGGAUGAAAAAUAUUGUCGUUGAUAUGCCAACUAAUGUAUUGUCGAGAACAUUUAUAUGAAGUCAAGUUAUUGCAAAAUUUAGUACUCUGUGGUCCUUGUAUGCAAGAAGUUAUGCUGUGUGUGAGACGCUUCUAUUUAUAAUGUUUAUAUCAAUUAUACAUGGAAAGUUUA